AUGGAUCAAAGGAAUAGUGAUUAUGAAAUGCCAGUCCCUAGUUAUGCUAUGGGCACUCGUAUCCUUUUGAUUGAUCCAGAUAUCAUUUCUCUUUUGCAAACAACUUCAGUUCUUGAAGAAGCAACUUAUCAAGUUACGAGUAUUGAACUUCCAAAUGUAGCACUCUCCAUGAUGAAAGAGCAAGCUAAUGAGUAUGACAUAGUCAUUGCUGCAAUGGAAAUGCGAGGAAUGGAUGCCUUUACAUUCCUUAGAAUUGCAAAGAGCGUGUCAGACAUCCCUGUUGUCUUGACCUCAUAUAAGAUUAAUGGUCUAUUGGUUAUCACAACUCUGCAGCAAGGAGCCUCUCAGCUUUGCCCGUCACCUUUGAGCAGAGAGGAUGCUCGAGGUUUAUGGCAGUUUGUGUUUAGAAAAGGACAGGAAGAAAGUGAUAAUGAUAUCACUAAAAAAAGAAAACAGUUGCCUCAGAGUGAUUCUGAGCAACUAAUAGGCAACUCUAAAGGGAAAGGCAAAGAGAAAGAAUUCCCCACGAAAGAUUUAUCAGCAUCAGAUGAAGCUACAGGUCAUAAACAGAACAGGAAGAAAAAUCAGAAGAGAAAAAGAGUAGAAUAUGGUGAAGAAAACAGGUAUGAUGAUACAAAUUGCGAGUCUGAGGCUGCGAACAAAAUGAACACCAGGAAACCUGAGAAGAAGCGCGUCAAGUGGAACUCUGACCUUCAUGUCAAGUUUAUGGAUGCACUUAUUAAGGGCAAUGAAAAAGCAAUUUUUGUAACGACGCAAGAAGAUUCUGGAACUACAGAUUCGGCAUUGCUAGCUCAGAAUACCAAAGAAGAUGGCAAUUAUCCUUCUGUCAACAUAGCAAGUCCGACAAGUACUAGUGACAUAUUACAAAUUCGAGGCCGUUUGAGUUCUGAAACUUCCACAGAUGCGAGGUAUGCCAGCAACGAAGUUCAAAGGUCAGGGGCUAAUCCAAGACUACAAUCAAACUAUGUAGUCAACAGCAUUUUUGCCGCAAGACAGAGCUAUCUUUCAGUUCAAAAUUACUGUCCUGAAAUUAGGACAACAACUAAUGGAGGUUUAAGUCCACCGAACUUUAGAAUUGUUGAUGACGCUGACAAAGGAGAACAGGCUAAAUGGGGGGCAAGUUUUAACCCAACAUCACAACCCCUUGGCACCACUAGACUAAACCUUGGAAAUAAUGUCAGCCAAAUUGGAAUAAUGGAUGAGGCAAGUUCUAUGAACAAAACUUCAGUUUUGUACAACACUAGUAGCCAAUUGGCUUUUAAUGAGACCGCUCCUAAUCAAUCAAUUCUUAGAGGAAGGAUUGAUCAAAUUCGACAUGCAUAUUGGACUAAUGUUAACUCAGGGAAAAAAAGUUACAUACCAAACAAACAGGCUGAAACAGUUGUGUAUCUACACUCAAGUGACAAGGGAAACAGCUCUCGAUCUGGCAAUGUUAGCAAUGGAGAUGUCAGAAGUAUAGGCGAGUUAUUUAGCAGUCAGGAUAAUGUAAUUCAAAAAUAUGGAUAUGAUGGGUCAAGCGAUAUGAAUUCACGGUUUCCUACAUUAACUGCGUGUUCGCCACACCAAAACCAGUUUUCAUUUCCAUCUUCAGAGAAUUAUGUUCAAUCUUUUAUGCAGAGCUCUUGCAACAUACAGGUGGAAACAACAGGAUUAUUUCAGAGUUCAAAAUUUUCCAAUUCUGACAGUCACAGCUGCAACCUUUUGCCUUCCUAUGGAUUAGAAAAUCAGGAUAGACAACCAACAACUGAUUUAGGUGGGUAUGAAGAUCUUGGAGUUAUAGAUUCUACUGAAGAAAUCCUGAAUAAUACCGAUGGAAGCAGAUCACAGCAACCUACUGAUGAGGACAUUUUCUUGGAAACAAUUUUAGCCGAGCUGCGUAAUGAUUAUGCAAUCAGUGAUCUCGAGAGCUUAGGUUUCGCCACCAGCAAUGAUGUGAUAUCGAAGAUUGGAUGAAGCUUCAAAAAUAUACAGCUUUUUAAAACUUCUAUUAGCUAGGUUGUUAAACUUUACUGUCCGCAUCCAGAGAUGUGCAAAACUUAAUAGUAUUUUGGAUAUGUUAAUGUAUUUGGUUCUUGAAAAUCCUGACUGCUAGAAUUUCAUGUAUGCCAAAAGAAACAAUGGUAGAGGUUGAAUCUCAAUGAGAUUUAUUAGCUCAUUCCAAAUUGAGCUGUAUUAACUGCGCAA